ACAGGUGCUCGAUCUGAAUAUUGAACCCAGACAUGCCCUGUCAUUUGACGGGAUUGAGAAGAUUUUGUUAAAAUUACAGAACGAAGGAUGUCGUCAGAUAUUGUGUCAAGUAUAAUAAAGUUUAAUGCUCAAACAAAUGGAAGGGAUAAAGUAUGCAGACUGUUUCAGUAUGGCUGUCGACUGGCAUGGGGUCGUUUACAAUACAAAGACAAGAAGGACUUGAUACAGACAGUCAAGAACAUAGAGUCUAUGCUUAGUAUGACAAGAAAGUUGUUACGAUUUGGAAAGAGUUUGGAUUUUCUCCAAGGAGCAUUAAAGAGUAUCCACUUGAAAGACAUCGUCCUUCGAUUGACUAUAACUCUGUCAAAGAUCAAUCAAGCGUUUUAUCUCCUGUUUGAUCAUUUUCUUUGGUUUAACACUGUUGGCGCUGUUAAACUGGAUAGGCAAUACUGGGGCGAGGUUUCUGCUAGGUUCUACUUUGCGACCCUUAUUUUGAACUUCAUUCGGGACUUGUAUGGUAUUUGGUGCGUUAUAAAGGAGGAGCUUGCCGUGCGAAAGGCUAGGAUGUCAUCUAGCAGUUACAAGAACGGGGACGCCAAUUAUCAGUCGCUCAAUAGGAGACCAGCAACAAUGUUGGAAAUCUCGCAACAAAAUAUCCCGCUCAUUUUAGAUACAAUAAAAAACUUGUUUGAUUUACCAAUUCCAUUGUGCACACUAAAAUAUAUGCAGCUGUCUCCUACAAAGCAAGGUAUCUUUGGACUUGUAUCAUCCUUGGUUGCUGUGGCAACAGUAUGGAAUCCAAAUCUAAAAUUAGUACCUUCCUAAAAACUGGAAAGUUGAAAGGAAAGUAAAACAAAAUGUGAUCAAUAUGUCACAAGAUUUCUGCUUCAUGUAUAUGGUAGUGCUAUUGCAACACUAUCUUACUUCCACUUUCAAAUAUCAAUAUUAUAGACCUGUUUAAAGUUGUAUAGUCUUGAUCUAUUAUUCUGCAUUCCAAAAAUAUGUGUAUCAAGACAAAAUAUGCACCUUACUUUAACCUUUAGCUUGCUGGCGGCAUGUGAUUCUGCCUUUUCGACCACUGCACUGUUCGCUAUUCAGUCACUAAAUUUUCAAAAAUAGUAAAUGGUAUUGCCGAAAUUGAAAGAUGGACCAGUCCAUUAUAGAAAUCUAGCAGGUAGGGUUAAAAACGAUGAAGAAAAACUGUUCAGAAUGUUCAAAAAGGAUCUUGGGAUGACUCUGGGUUCGCAAUGCCUGAAAUUGUCCUUUUUUUACCAAUUGUAAGUUUGAAAAAAGUCUGUGAUUUUGAGAACACUGCUGAAAUAGAACAAUUGUUGGUGGAGUAUCUUGACUCACUGGAACCUCAAACUGUUUUCCUGAAAAAAAUUGAAGUCUAUAUUUUGAUUCUUGUUGACAGAUUUCUUGUCUUUCAAGGUAAACUUGUUUUUCUUUUUUACAUUUUAUUUUUGAUGAACUUUGACAUUUUUUAUCGAUCAGUGUUCCAAUGAAAUUAAACAUAUUGGAAAAAACAAAGCAACAUAUGGUAACAAAAUUAUUUCAUUGUCUCAUAGAGUGUUGACUUCCUGUUCCGGAGGAAUGAAGUUUUAAAUUGUUUAGAAUUUUUUUUUUUUACAUCUUUAAAUGUUUGGAUACCUAGUGCAAUUGUUCUUGCACUCUUUGAAUUUCAUUGAAAUCAAACAGAGCUAGAUGCAUAAAAUCUAAAGGUUGUUCUGCACGUUUGGAUUGAAAUUUUUUUCUACCAUGUAGAAUUUGAUUAAACCCUGAUUUUUCAAAACUUCAGAAUAUACCUAGAAAAUUCAGCAAAUAAAAAAGUUAGGGUCAUGUGCUUGAUUUUUUGCUAGACUGAUUUGAAAAAUUUGGACCUCAUGCAAUAUUUCAUAAUGGGAGUCUAUGGGAAAAUCAUUACUUUCAUAACAUUUUCGCGAAUAGAAAAUUUUCUACAUUGUAGAUUUUGAUGAAACUUCUCACAGUUGUAAAUAAACACAUGUUCUAUAAUUUGGUGAAAUAAAAUGUAUAGGUCCAUGUGCUUAUUUUUGAGAUAUUUGACCAUGAUUAAAGUGAACCGGACAUUUCACGCAAAUUUUAAGACAUUAUUUUGAUUAUUUUAACGUGUCAUAUGUUUUAAUAUCAUAUUUUGACUUCAGAAAUAUAGCAAUAGUGCCAUUGUAAUAAAUUUACUCACAUAUUUCAAUUAAUUCAUAAAAUGAUUUUCAUUUCCGUAUGCUGAAUCCAGGCUUUAUUCUAUUUUUUCCGGAUAAAUGACGUUACGCCAUCACUUUCGGUUCAUCAAACGUGCAGAACUACCUUAAAUACAAAAAUUGAAACAUUAGAAUGUAUUUUUUGGUGUGUUUUAUUCACAGACAUGUGGUUUCAUCUUUUUAAACAUGUGAUAUUUUUAUUUAUUUUUGUGUAUAGAACUGAUUUAAUUGUUUUGUUGUGUGUUAUAUUUUUAAGGGAGGUUUUAAUAGAUUUAAUUAAAAAGUGAUAAUUCAAACUUUAAAUUGCUUUUAGUGAAGUAACCAAUAUGGCAAAUGAUGAUUUGGGCAAGUUAGCAAAAAGACAAACAUCACCCCCCUCCCUCAAACUUUGCUUUCUGCUCAAUAACUUUAGUUUGGGUUGAGAUAUUGAAAUGAAACUUGGCCCACUAGUAGGUUAAAGUAAGACCAAGGCUGGGAUUGACUUUGGAUUCAAUGGAGUCAAGGUCACUUACUAAAAUAGAAAAUAAAACAGUUUCCUCUCUUUAAUUUUAGUUUUAUGUAUUGAAAUCAAAUUUCAGUUGGCAUAUACUGAUAUAGUAAAGAAAAACCAAGGUUGGGAUUGUAUAUGGGGUCAGUGGGAUCAAUUUCAGGGUCGGCACAACUUAAUUAAUCUUUUAUCAUCAUGUUUCAAUCAGCAUAAUAGAAUGAAAGUAAACAAUGCCUUCUUGUUUAUCAUAUCUUUUUCAUGGUUCAUUGUUCAGAUAUGGAAAGACAUCCUAAUCUUUCAAUUCAGUGCACAUCACUCAGUUUAUACAUAAACUGUCUGUUACAUUAGGAACAGUAUGCUUUAUAUCUGUCUGAUAAAUUCAACAUAAUUUGUAAUUUUUGUAAUUUUAAGAGGUUGCAAAAUUUCAAGAAAAUUCCCAGUAUGAUGUACAUCAGGAGGCAUGUCCCUUCGAGACUACAGUAAAAAGAUUUGAAAAAGGGUACAAUCAUGCCAUUUUUGAUGGAAUUUGUAUACAGUGUAUAUGGGAGCAAAUAAAUGAACUGGCCAUUGUCAUUUUUUAAUUGGUAUAUAUAUGUCAAAACAAAUAAUUUAUAUUAUCAUAAUUCUUUCUUUCUAUAUAUAGGUAUGAGAGGGGACUUAAUAUAGACUAGAAUAUGGACAAAAUACCACAUCCCACUUUACUCAGAUUGAUAUCCCUUUGAUUGUGUUUAAAUACACCCUUAAUUCUACUUUAUACCCCUCAACAUAUCGCUUUAAAGAUCAAAAUUUUUCUAUUUGAUUUUUAGCUCAUCUGAUUUUUUGAAAAAAAAUGAUGAGUUAUUGUCAUCACUUGAGCGGUUGUCGGCGUCGGCGUCGGCGUCUGCGUCGGCGUUGCCUGGUUAAGUUUUAUGUUUAGGUCAGCUUUUCUCCUAAACUAUCAAAGCUAUUGCUUUGAAACUUGGAAUACUUGUUCACCAUCAUAAGCUGACCCUGUAUAGCAAGAAACAUAACUCCAUCUUGCUUUUUGCAAGAUUUAUUGCCCCUUUUGUACUUAGAAAAUAUCAGAUUUCUUGGUUAAGUUUUAUGUUUAGGUCAACUUUUCUCCCAAACUGUCAAAGCUAUUGCUUUGAAACUUGGAAUACUUGUUCACCAUCAUAAGCUGACCCUGUACAGCAAGAAACAUAACUCCAUCUUGCUUUUUGCAAGAUUUAUUGCCCCUUUUGGACUUAGAAAAUCAGUUUUCUUGGUUAAGUUUUAAGUUUAGGUCAGCUUUUAUCCUAAACUAUCAAAGCUAUUGCUUUAAAACUUGCAACACUUGUUCACCAUCAUAAGUUGACUCUGUACAGCAAGAAACAUAACUCCAUCCUGCUUUUUGCAAGAUUUAUGGCCCCUUUUGGACUUAGAAAAUAUCAGAUUUCUUGGUUAAGUUUUAUGUUUAGGUCAACUUUUUCUCUUAAACUAUCAAAGCUAUUGCUUUGAAACUUGCAACACUUGUUCACCAUCAUAAGCUGACCCUGUACAGCAAGCAGCGUAUAUCCAUCCUGAUUUUUGCAAUAAUUAUUGCCCCUUUUGGACUUAGAAAAUCAUUUUCUUGGUUGAGUAUUAUGUUUAAGUCAACUUUUCUCAUAAACUAUCAAAGCUAUUGCUUUAAAACUUGCAACAGUUUUUCACCAUCAUAAGUGGACACUGUACAUCAAGAAACAUAACUCUAUCCUGCUUUUUGCAAGAAUGAUGGCCCUUUUUAGACUUAGAAAAUCAUAGGUAGGACAAUAUUUCUAUUACACAAAAAAAAUCAGAUGAGCGUCAGCACCCGCAAGGUGGUGCUCUUGUUUUAAUUUUAAAGUUUUAUUUAACAAGGUCAGAAUGGGAAUUUUGUCUGCCUUUGUCAAAUUUAGCAGGGAAGGAUCAGAUUUGUCCUAUAUUUUUAUGGACUGGUUUUAUUUGAGACUUAACUAUAAUUGCUCACCUUAUUAAUUAUGUCUCCCACCACACAGUGGUGUGGGAGACAUAUUGAUUUACUCCAGUCUGUGUGUGUGUGUCUGUCUGUGUGUCUGUCACAAAGCUUGUUCGCACUCGAAGUCAAAGAUUUCUUAUCCAAUUUUCACCAAACUUGAACAAAAUGUGUUUGACCAUAAGAGCUCGGCCAAGUUCGAUAACUAGCCAAAUCGGUCCAGGCGUCUUAGAGUUAUGGCCCUUGAAUUACCAAAUAUCAGCCUUUUUACUCUUGUCCCCACUCUAAUUCAAACAUUUCUCAUCUGAUCUUUGACCAUGAGACCUCGGCCAAGUUCGAUAACUAGCCAAAUCAGUCCAGGCAUUUUGGAGUUAUGGCCCUUGAAUUAUCGAAAAAUUGGCAGUUUUACUCUUGUCCGCACUCUAAGUCGAACAUUUCUCAUCCAAUCUUCACCAAACUUGAACAAAAUGUGUUUGACCAUGAGACCUCGGCCAGGUUUGAUAACUAGCCAAAUCGGUCAAGGCAUUUUGGAGUUACGGCCCUUGAAUUACCAAAAAAUCCGCCUUUUUAGUCUUGUCCGCUCUCUAAAUCCAACAUUUCUCAUCCGAUCUUCACUAAACUUGAACAAAAUGCGUUUGGCCAUAAGACCUUAGCCAAGUUGGAUAACUAGCCAAAUCCACCCAAGCACUUUUGAUUUAUGGCCCUUGAAUUACUGAUUGGAUCCACUCAUCCAGACCAUAUAAUUGGAUCCACUCGUCUAAAUCAUCUAAAGAAACUAGACAUUUUACAUAGGGGCAGUUGUGGGAGACAUAUGCGCUUUUCUCAAAAGCAUCUCUAGUUUAGAGAUGUAAACAAUUCUUUGUAUAUUUAUUAUCAAUUUUUAUUCUAUAUUUAUAGUCAUUUCCAUUUGUAUAAUUUCAUGAUUAGUAAUCAAAAGUCAUAUAGACAGGAGGGUUGGUUCAAAAACACAUAUUGACCUUCAUCAAUGAUGUCACAAAAUUUGAUGUUGUACACAAUAGAGCAUAUAACCAGAAUAAAUAUCACCCUGUACAAUGUUUUCAAAAACUAAUGUUCAUGUUGUUGGAUUUAAUCAUAAAACAAUUAUUAAUUUGGGUCUAUAUAAAGAUUUAACAUCUUGACUUCAAUGAGCAGUAAUAACUGACUGUAUAAUAUUUCCUUAUAAAUUGUAUAUUAUUUAUAUAUAUUUAUUUGUCUACAGACAAACCUGUAUACUAAGACCACACGCAGAGGAAGGAAACACACUAGUUUUAUUUUUAUCCACAGGUUACUAGGCACUACAACUGUUAAAAUUGGAAAUGAAACUGGUGGUCCUUAUGACCAGGUGGUCUCUGUUCACAGGUUUGACUGUAUAUUUUAUACUAUUGCUUGAUAGUUUCAAAUAUUUUAAAAUCCAUAACUAUAUGCUUCUGUUACUGAUACACAUCUUACUUUUUAUAUGCCCGAAGGGACAUAUGGUGUCCCUCUGUCAGUCCAUUAGCAAUUUGUGUCCGCUCUGUAACUCUUGAACCCCUUGAAGGAUUUCAAAGAAACUUGGCAUAAAUGUUCACCACACUGAGACGACUGCAGAGCGCAUGUUUUGGAUGUCUCGCUUCAAGGUCAAGGUCACACUUAGGGGUCAAAGGUCAUUUCAGUUUGUUUCAUGUCAGCUCUAACUCUUGAACUGCUUGAAGGAUUUCAAAGAAACUUGGCACAAAUGUUCACCACACCGAGACAAUGUGCAGAGCGUCAAGGUCACACUUAGGAGUCAAAGGUCAUAUAUGACUUUGCUUCGUGUCUAUUGCUCUGCUCUUGUUUUUAUUUGGCAGAUCCCAUUUUUGUUCACUAACAAUAAAAAAAAAUUGAAUUACUUCCCUUUCAUGUUACUAUAAAUAGCUUAUUUUGAAUCUUUUUUAUUAUUUGCCAUAUGGAAAAACUGAGACCACUUUUCUGUGGUACAACAUGGAUGGCAAUUUUUAGGUGUAUUUUGACAUACCUGUACCUGGUAAGGGUUUUUUUGUGGACUUAAAAUUCAUUUUUUUAAUUUCUUCCCUUUGUUGUUCCUGUCCUUUGGGCUUCAACAGUCAAGUUCUUUAAAUUUUGCUCCCAUCCUCUGAUGUAACCCUUCGGGCAUUUAUUGCCCCACUUGGUAGAGCUCGUUUUCUUCUAAAAACACAGCUUUUUUGUGAAUGUUUUGGACACAGAGUAUCUGUAUGUGUAAAAAUAUUUAACAAAGGAUACUUGUCAUUUUAUUUGCAUACAGGUCUUUUUUUAUUCGUAUCUCAAAAGAAAUCUUUAUGAUGACUGUAUUGUUAAGUAUGAUGGAAUAAAUAUUAGAUAAAUAUA